AUGAACUCUCUCAACGCGCUCGCGCACCUUGCGCUACUGGCCACGGGGGCCAUGGCUUACCCGACGAGUAAUUACAGUCCCGCAGCAGCUGUGGGACUGCUCAAGAGGGCUACAGUUGGGAACAACCAAACCUACGGCAAUGGUGACAAUGGUCCCAAUCUCAACACCGCCGAAGACAGAGGUGCCUGGUUGAAAGACUACGAUAUCAAUACCGACUGGUACAAUGAGUGGCCCAACACUGGCGUUGUGCGCGAGUACUGGUUGACUGUCGAGAAUUCAACAUUUGCGCCGGAUGGGUAUGAUCGCUUGAUGUUGACGUUUAAUGGCUCGUAUCCCGGGCCAACGAUUGUUGCUGAUUGGGGUGAUACGGUCCGCAUCCAUGUCAAAAAUAACAUGGAGUUCAACGGCACCAGCAUCCACUGGCACGGUCUGAGACAGCUCUGGACCACCGAGCAGGACGGUGUGAAUGGUAUCACUCAAUGCCCAAUUGCCCCCGCCGAUAGCUUCACCUACGAAUGGACCGCUACGCAAUACGGUACCUCCUGGUAUCACUCUCACUUCUCCCUCCAAUAUGCUGAGGGUGUUGCCGGUGCCAUCGUUAUUAACGGACCUACCUCCGCCAACUACGAUGAAGACCUCGGUCCCAUAACGCUCACUGACUGGUACCACGCCACGGCUUUCUCUGAAUGGCACAUUGCGCAGACCAGCGGUCCCCCACCUGCACAGAACGGUCUCAUCAACGGCACAAAUGUUUUUGACUGUACCGAUAGCACUGACACCGCCUGCAUCGGCGGCGGCAAGCGCUUUGAGUUCCCCGCCUUCGAGUAUGGCAAGAAAUACAAGCUCCGUCUCAUCAACACCUCGACCGAUACCCACUUCCGUGUCUCACUCGAUGGCCACAGCAUAACAGUCGUCGCGGCUGACUUUGUCCCCAUCACCCCCUUCACAACGGACUACCUCAGCAUCGGUAUUGGCCAGCGCUACGAUAUCAUCAUCGAGGCCAACGCCGCUGCUGAUAACUACUGGUUCCGUGCUACAAUUCAAACCACCUGCAGUGCCGUAAACGCAAUGGCUCUCGACGUCAAGGGAAUUGUGCGCUACAGCACCGCAACAAAAUCUGCCGACCCCACCACCUCCGCCGGCACAAUGACAGACAGCUGCCUCGACGAGCCACUCGAGAGCCUCAUCCCCGUUGUCGCAAAGCCUGUUGCCGAGAGCGACCUUUCCACUGCGCAGGACGUCGAAGUUGGCAUCGAGAUUACCACCGUCUUCAAGUGGACGCUCAACGGCAUCAGCGCUAACAUCGACUGGGCCGAUCCUACAUUGCUCAAGCUACUCGAUGGCGAUAGCUACCCCACCGACUACCACGUUCUGGACCUUCCCACGGCUAAUCAAAUGUACUAUCUGGUCAUCGAGACGACCCUGGGUAUCACGCAUCCGAUCCAUUUGCACGGACAUGACUUCUACGUUCUCGCCCAGGGUACCGGCGCUUUCAAUGAGACGAGCACGCCUGUCAAAUGGACUAACCCCAUGCGCCGUGAUGUUGCGAUGCUCCCAGCCUCGGGGCAUCUAAUCAUCGCCUUUGAGACUGACAACCCGGGCAUCUGGCUCAUGCAUUGCCACAUUGCAUGGCACGUCUCUGGCGGCUUCGCGCUCCAGUUUGUCGAGCGCUCGGCCGACAUUUUGGCGAAUAUCACGAUCGAUGACACCUGGCACGAAACCUGCACAAACUGGAACACUUACGACGCCUCGGGCAUCGAUCCUCCAAAGGAUGAUUCUGGACUUAGGAAGAUGAUGUUCUAA